AUGAAUAAAGCAGCUCAUGAAGAGCCUUGGUUUGGGUUUGAACAAGAAUAUGUACUCUAUCGUAAUGAUACUUACCCACAUAGACCUUUAGGCUUCCCAGAAGGGGGCUACCCAGCUCCUCAAGGGCCUUAUUAUUGUAGUGUUGGAGGUGGCUGUGCAUUUGGAAGACAGAUUAUGGAGGCUCAUUAUAGAUGCUGCUUAUAUACAGGGAUUUCAAUUUCUGGGACUAAUAGCGAAGUUUUUCCUGGACAAUGGGAAUUCCAGAUAGGGCCUGUUACUGGAAUUCACCUUGGUGACCAAGUUUGGAUGGCUCGAUACCUCUUAUUAAGAGUUGCUGAACAUUAUGGAACGUCUGUUAAUUGGGAAUGCAAGCCUGUUAUUGGGGAAUGGAAUGGGUCUGGCUGCCAUUCGAAUUUUUCUACAAACUCAACUAGACGUGAAGGAGGGAUACAGACAAUUUAUAAUUAUAUUGAGAAAUUGAGGGAAAAACAUAUGUACUGUAUAGAUGGUUAUGGGAAAGAUAAUGCAAAAAGAUUGUCAGGGGCAUGCGAGACAUCAAAUAUUAAUACUUUUAGCUUUGGAGUCGCAGACCGUGGGGCAUCAAUAAGGAUACCAAGAGUCACGGCAAAUGAUGGAAAAGGCUACUUUGAAGAUAGAAGACCCGCCUCAAACUCAGAUCCAUAUGUAGUUUCUGCUUUAUUAACUGAUGUAACAGUUCUUGAUGGAAAUAGUACUGAAGAGCUUCAUGAUAGGUAUGUCUCAUUUUUAACAUCAAUCCGCCCUAUAAUCAUUUAA